AUGUCUACUUCUACUUUUCCUUCUUCUACUUCUGUUCCAGUCAAACGAACAUUAGAUCAAGUUGAAGAUCAACCCAAAAAUUUUUUCACCUCUGUAAUAACGAUUACAAAAGAUUACAUUUAUUAUCUCGACUUAACAAAUUGGCAACUUAAUACGGAAGUCGAUGAAGAUACAUUUGUUGAGGCGUUUCCUCUUAUUUCGGAACGUGAAAAAUUUGUAGAAGAUUUGAAGAAUUUUUAUGAAGCGAGAAAAACUGCUUUUUCUCGUAUCGAAAGAAUUCUUCCUAAAGAAAAAGAACAUGAGUCAUUUGAUGAAAUCCAAGAAUGGCGAACCACCAUGUUGCAUGGUCCUAAAACUGGUGCAAAAAUCGCUCUUGAUAAGUUGGAGCGUUACGAGAAAAAAAUGAAAAAUGAAUCUCAAAAAUCUCGUAAAAACAAAGGAAUUUUUGACGAUGUGAUUGAAAAAUAUUCUGCAAAAUACAUAUCAUCCCAAUCUAGAACAGUAGAAAAUGAAUAUAUCUUUUGGUCUGAUAACGAAUUACAAAUGGACGAUAGUGAUAACGAAUUUAUUAUUUAA